AUGUCCAAGAAAAGUAAGAAGUCUUCAAUAAGUAAGAAAAUGGGAACAAGUUCUGAGAACCUAUAUUCAGAAGAGUAUGGCAAUUAUGAUGAAGCAUUCUCCACUGAAUGUCAAGACUGUUGCUGCUUUGAUUGUUCCGAGCUAGAUUUAACUGCAAAAAUUAACUUCUCGUUGGAUAAUUUGUGCUGUAAUUUAGGACCAUAUCCAUUUAAGGAUAAAAAGAAAACAAAAAGUACAAAAAGGAAAAAGUCAAAGAAAAAAAUUGGGCCAUCAUCCGAAACAACAAGCAGUGAAAAAAAUACUGAGGAAUAUGACGUCAAAUUAACAGUGCCACCAAAAAGUUUCAAUUUAGAUCAAUUAAAAUUUACAAACCGAUCAUUUUCUACAAAUGAUUUGCCUGGCUUUAAAGGAAGUUCAUCAUUAAAGACAAAGAAAUUAAAAGGCCACAAGAAAUCAACAAAAUUAUGUAAUUCUCUAAAAGCUGAUGCUCCUGAAAGUCUUAAAAAUCUUUGUGAUCGUUUUAAAAGUUCAAGUCUCACAAAUUUACUUCCAAUUUCACGUAAAAAUACUGUCAAGACACUUAUUAACUUAUCCGAUCAUGACAAAAAGAUUCUCGAUAGAAUGUCAAUGAAGAAUUUAAAAGAAAUUGCAUUUGUUGAAAACGCAAUGAUGGCAAGGAAAUACUGGGAAGAUGAAAAAUCAGAACGUGAUAAGUUAAAAUACGAACAGCAAAUGAGAUAUAUUAAAAUGGUAAAUCAGAAACGAGUAAAAGAACAAGCAGAACUUGCAAGACGAAGGCAUUAUAUUGAGGAAAAAAAUAAGGAAAUGUCUGAAAAGAUUCUAAAUGAUAUUGAAGCCAAAAUGAUACGAUCAGAAAACAUUUUAAAAAAUAUUGAAAUGGAGCGAGAAAUUUCAGAGUGUCGAAAGCGUCAAAAAGAAUAUCAGAGGAUUGAAGCUCUUCAAUCUAAUUGUGAAGAGAAGAAUCUUGACGAGCAAUUAUGGCGUGAGUCGAUUUGUGAAAAAUUGGAAGAGAAAAUUCAUAAAGCUGAAAAUACAAGAAGUAAAAAUCUUGAUAUAUAUCGCAUAAGAAUUCAAACUGAUAAUCAAAUUCAUCAACAAAUUCAUGGUCAAAAUUAUGAAGAAGUUCUAAAGGAAGAAACCCGUAAAAAAAAACACUUGAAGCAUAGGAUUGAAGAACGAGAUGGGAAGUUUAAGAAGUUUGCUGAACAGAAAGAGAAGUUUGUUGAACAGUCGAAAGCUCAAGCUAAAACUUCUGCAUUACUACGUGAGCUAGUAAGAAAAUCAUUUGGCUUUAAAGGUCUAUCAGAACCAGUAAGUUAUCAACGAUCUGUAUGUAAUGAUAAUGGACGAUUUUCAAACUGUUCGUAUUCUAGUCAAGUCUCUCAUAUUCAUUUAAGUUGAAUGAAUCUUAUUUUGUACAAAAUUUC